UUUUACACUGUUUUACAUUUGUCACCACGCACAGAUACAGUAUUGGGUAAAAGUUAUGUUUGAUUAAUUAUACAAGAGGUUGAGGAACAAAUUUCAUGAUGAUUACCUUAAGUGCAGAUACCGUUAGACAUGGAAUUUUAUUUUUCCUAUGGACCGAGUAUUUAUGGGAACUCUACUUAUCAAUUAGACAAUACAAUAAAGCGUUGGCAACUACUGAGGUACCCCCAGAGUUGAAAAGCACUAUGCCAAAAGAAACCUUUGAUAAGGCGAGAGCGUACACGUUGGCAAAGAGCAAGUUUGGAUUUUUUAAAGACACGUUUCUUACUGUACAAUCGACGGUGAUAAUUCACUUUUCUAUUCUGCCACAGCUUUGGAAUUAUGCAGAGUCAAUUAACACGUAUGGAGGUGAAGUGCUAACAAGUUGCCUUUGGUUGUUCAUUUUGACCACCAUUGUAACAAUUGUUGAUUUGCCUUUAACAAUCUAUAACACCUUUGUUCUUGAAGAACAGUUCGGUUUUAACAAACAGACUAGUGGAUUUUUUAUUUGGGAUAAAAUUAAGGCCUACAUUUUGAGCCAAAUUUUUACUAUGAUGAUUGCUUCUGUUAUUGUGGUUACUAUCAAGAGUGGUGGGGAAUACUUUUUCGUGUGGCUUUGGAUAGUAGUGUGUGCAAUAUGUUUGGUUAUGUACACUAUUUAUCCAUCGCUGAUUGCACCUUUGUUUGAUAAGUACACACCUCUCCCAGAGGGGGAAUUGCGCACCAAAAUUGAGAAUUUAGCUUCUCAGUUAAAGUUUCCUUUAACACAGUUGUAUGUAGUGGAGGGUUCUAAAAGGUCUUCUCAUAGCAAUGCUUACUUUUAUGGUUUUUUUAAAUCUAAAAGAAUUGUUUUGUUUGAUACUUUGUUGGCGAAAGAUGAUGGUACAGGGUGUAACAAUGAUGAAAUUUUGGCCGUUUUAUCGCAUGAAUUAGGACAUUGGCAUUAUAACCAUAUUACAAAGAACUUUUUGGCUUUACAAGUCAAUUUGUUACUUUUGUUUGCCGGAUUUUCGUAUUUGUUUAAAUAUACGGUGCUUUAUAACGCGUUAGGUUUUUACAAUGGACGGCCUGUUCUUGUGGGGCUCUAUAUUGUGCUUCAAUAUGUCAUGCUGCCAUAUAACGCAUUUUUGAGUUUUAUAUUAACUUGUCUGUCUAGACGUUUCGAAUUCCAAGCUGAUUCUUUUGCAGUUGAGCUGGGUAAGGGUGACCACCUUGUCAGUUCUUUAGUGCAGUUAAACAAAGAUAAUUUAGGUUUUCCAAUUUAUGAUUAUCUUUAUUCUUCGUGGCACCAUUCUCAUCCACCGUUGCUCGAACGCAUAGAUGUUAUUAAAAAUAAGAAAAAAGACUAAAAACUGUUGAACCAAAGUGUUUCAUUUCAAUUGUCUGGUUACAUCCAAGUGUCUGAACUUUAUACUACUUUUGUAAUAGCAUUUAGCAUUUUCUUGUAUUGAUGUUUGUGAUCAGUUAUGUUUCAUGAUGUACAAUAAAAAACGAUAGUUUAAAAACAAA